UUGGGCGUAUAAGCUGUUUUGCAUUAGUAUACCAAGUAUCUUGUUUCGAACACCUCAUCAAUUUGUAGAUUGUUUGGCACAUUGAAUUAAUACUCGGCGAUUUCGAGGCAGAAAAUUACACCCAGGUGUGCCAACAACGACAUUCACUUUGAGAGGUGAUUUGUUGUUCGCUGUUGCAAUUACAACCUUGGAAGUGUUGUGCUGAGCUAUAUAUCACAGUGCUAUACGAAUUGUGUCCGGAGAUAUUGUGAAAGACACUGUAGAACCCUGAUUUAUAAGGUGCAGUUGCAGAGCCCAUUAUGAGAUUACCAUUAGCUGUUCUUGUCCCACUCCUCCCAUUGGUGGUCAACGCUGACUCAGAAGUUAUAGGUGUUGCUCCCAAGGACCAACACUUGUAUGUCAGCAAAGAUGGCAAAUGGAGCUGUCUUUCAAACCCAGAAAUUGUGCUGGACUGGUCACAAGUGAACGACGAUUACUGCGACUGUCCUGACGGGAGUGACGAGCCAGGAACGUCUGCGUGUGAAAACAACCUGUUCUGGUGUAAGAACGAAGGUCACGUUGGCUCUUACAUUCCAAGUCAUCUGGUGAACGAUGGUGUUUGUGAUUACGAGGUGUGCUGUGAUGGCUCUGAUGAGUGGAAAACUGGCGUCCAAUGUCCAAACAAAUGUGUGGAGAUACACGAGGAGUAUGAGAAGGAUCGUAUUGCUACUGAGAAAAUGAUUGCGGUCGGUAAAGAUAAGGCAGCAAAGAUCAUAAGAGCAGCUCAGAGAAUGAAGGCUAAACUCGCUGAUCAAUUGGCCACUGAAGAAUCGCUCUUGAGCUUUGAUAAAGGUGAAAUCCGCAGAUUUCAAAAGCUCAUUGAUGAAAGGGACGAGUCUGAGAAUGCUGAUCUAUUCAAAGCUUUGAAAAAGACCAUUGAUGAACAGAAGUUGUUGGUUGGUAAGAAGCUGGGAGCAUUUGCAUCCAAGAAACAAAACUUGGGCACCGUCUACGAUAUUCUGUCCAAGCUUGAUGAGACCUUUAACGCUAACUUGAAUGAUAACGCUGUGAAGCAAACCGUUGAGGAUUUCAGAGAGUUCUUGAAGGACUACCAACCAUCUGAACUUGACGUUAAGAAGCUUCAGAGAAAGAUCAUUGCACUCUUCAGUAAGGGUGUCAAAGAAGUCAAUGACUCCUCUUCCGUGAUCCUGGAAAGUUUGAAAGAAGCCGUUACUGACCAUGGAGUAGUUGACAAACACAUUGCCAAACUGGAGGAGCUCUUGAACUACUUGAUUGAGAACUAUAACCCAAAUUUCAACGAUCCAAAUGUUAAAGAAGCCGUUGGUUCAUUCCAGGACUAUUUGGUGAACAAGGAAGUUGUUGAAGAUGAUGCAAUGUUUGUCGACUCCGUAUCAUCUGUCUUGAACACAAUCGCAGAUAAGCUGUCCACACUCAAACCUGUCCAAGAAGAGCAGCAACCAGAGGUAUCUGCCCCAUUACAAUCUGUUGAAGAAGGAUCAUUCAUCGAUAGGGUAAGAUCGAAGUUCCAUUUCCUAGUUGAACAAUUCUUGGGAACGUCUUCAGCUCAGGUGAAGAAGUCCGGAAUUGAAACCUUCAAGAAUGACGAUUUAGCAGACGCUGUUCAGAAAUUCGAAGAGUACGCACAAAGUGCCUCCUCGUCCAUCGAUGCCAUCAACUCAAAGCUGUCCAAGAACUAUGGGCCAAAUGAAAUCUUCCGUGCAAUGGCUGACGUCAAAAAGACCUCCAAAUUUGGUGAAUACGACUACGAGCUCGAAAUCAUCGGUGAUGUCAGACAAAAGGGGGCCAAUGGACACAACGUCAAGAUCGGCACUUUCGACAGAGCAGAGCUCGACGAGAAAGACAACACCGUUGUGGCCUACUACGAGAACGGUGCCAAAUGUUGGAACGGCCCUGUUAGAAGGGCUGUUGUCAAGAUCGAGUGCGGUGAUGAGCACGAGCUUCUCGGUGUCAGUGAGCCUGAGAAGUGUGAAUAUCUCUUCAGAAUGAGAAGUCCACUGGGGUGCCACGUCUAACUGCCACACUUUAGAGCAGAAACUCUCCAAUAAACAAAAAGAAUAGCACCGAAUUGCGUGUACUGUGUGU